CCCAGUGACUCAUGAGAAACUUGUGAUCCAUGAAUACCCAGAACCCCCGGGAAGACGAGUAAAUGAUGGAGAACGAAAGUGAGCAGAGUGACCUGCCUCUCCCCCAGCUUUCAUGCCCAGCAGGCCCCGUGUCCCUGCCUGGCACCUCCCCGUCCUGGCAGAGCCGUGGACACGCCUGGGCACCCCCUUCAGAGGCAGGCUGACCCCGGGAGAGGCUUUUUCCUGCCCGUCUGCACACUGUGGGAAGUUCAGCGUAAGGAUUCAGAAAGUCUGGAGGUCCUCUGGGCGGAGGUGACGCCCCGGGCACGGGGUCCCGCCACAGGGGCCUGUGCGGGAGCGGAGCCACGGCCCGCACACCCAGCCCUGCCUCUACACAGAUGUCAGGUCUACACAGAGGACAGACACUCGAGGAGCAAGAAGGCCCGGAUGGUUCGUCAGAGGAAAGCAGGAAUGGGAAGACACGAGAACGUUCCAGACUCGGCCCAAAGCAAGUCAUCAGACAGUGUGUGUGUGUGUGUGUGUGUAUCUAUGUGUUUCUGUGUGUGUGUCUGUGUCUGGGUGUAUGUCUGUGUGUGUCUAUGUCUCUGUGUGUGUGUCUCUGUGUGUGUCUGUGUCUCUCUGUGUCUCUCUGUGUGUCUGUGUGUGUCUGUGUGUGUCUGUGUGUAUGUCUGUGUGUCACUGUGUGUGUGUCUGUGUAUGUCUAUGUCUGUGUCUGUGUGUGUGUCUGUAUAUGUCUGUGUGUCUCUCUCUGUGUCUGUGUGCCUGUGUGUGCCUGUGUGUAUGUCUGUGCAUGUCUGUGUGUCUGUGUGUCUGCGUGUGUCUGUGUCUCUAUAUGUCUCUGUGUGUCUGUGUGUGUGUGUGUGUGUGCACAGAUAAAUCGACCAAUGGUGUGGAAGACGCUGCAAAUAGACCCACCAGCUCCAGUCAACUGUUUUUUUUUGACAAAGAGAAUCCCAGCGGAGACGCCUCUAUCAAGGCAGCGAGAAUUAACCGCAGGUCUGGAACAUGGGAAUCCCACCUUUGCGGACCCCCCGGCACGGUCACAUCUGAAUCCACCGCAGGAGAAACGCCCAGGGAGGCAGCCCGCGAGGAUGGGGGCUGGGUCGACGGCAGCGUGCGUGGACGAGAACGCGUGCCCGAGGAUCCAUCGAGAGGCCCCAGCAGGGGCCUGUGGCUGGGAGCAGGGGCGACGGGGUCCCAAGACCCCUCACUCACGGUGCAGAAGGAAACCGAGGAGCCAGAGAGACCGCCCGCCCCCCGUCACUCAGGAGACUCCCCGGCUCAGCCAGGCCAGGUGAGUCCGUGCCAUGUCGCGGCACUUUGACCUCCCCGCCCUCCUCGGGCCCCUGCUCCACCGCAGCCGCGUCCACUGCUCAAAUGCCUCCAAGUGUGGAGCACCAGGAAGAGAACCAAAAAAUGAGACGGGGCAGGAGUGGGCCGGCGACGCCUCACCGAGCGUGGAUGGUCGCCAGGGCUGCGUCCUGGGGCAGCAUGCCCCCCCACACACACCCCCGCCUGCCCGCUGACCUGGCCAGGGCAAGCUUGCAGAGACAGGCAAGGGACACAGCACUGGGGCAGGAGCGCCGGUCCAGCUGGGACGCUGCCUGCCGUGACACGCCUGACCUGGAUUCCACUUGCCCCACACAGGGGUCCCCUCCCCCCCCAGGCGCCUGACCUGGUGCAUUCCGAGGGGGGCGUGUCUUUCCCGUGGGCACACCCCCCUUGGAUUUCUCCCCCGGGGGACAGAUUCCAGCCCCAGCUCAGGAGGGAGCCUCAGGGCCAGCCUGCGGCUGUGGACCCCCGUCCCGAGCUCCUCCGGCCGCAGGGCAGAGCCUCGGACCCCUGCAAGGAGCGCGUGCGUGGGUGGGCAGACGCGUGUCCAUGGACGGGCCCACGCGCAGACACGCCUGCGUGGUUCCUGCUUCGCGGAGUCCUGGGCCCUCCCCUGCCCCUGCAGCCCCCCUGCCCGGCAUGGGGGCGCGUCUGUCCCCCUCGGCCUCCCUGCAGCGGCCCCGAGGUCCAGCCCCGGCCUGGGGUCCGCCCGGACUUGUCCAUGGGCAGGAAGGCCAGGGCGCCCCGAGCAGCUGCGGGUCCGUCCCUGGAGAGCGCGCGGGGCCAGCGCGCGCACCGGGCUGUGGGGUGCCGGGGGGACAGUGGGCAGAGGGGGGCCCACGCCAGGCACAGAGCCCCCCUCACCCCGCCCCGGGCGCCCCCUGCGGCCUCAGCUUGAGAGGAGGGCCGGGGCUGGGCUGGUCCACUGCCUGGUCUCCGGACUUGCACGGCAGGUGGUGGUGCCACUCUGAGCCUCAGGUUCUGGUGGGACACAAAACCAGCCAGUAACAACGGCGGGAAAUCAAGCCAGCCAAUCACAACCACAGGGCAUCCAAGACAGCCAAUCACAACCACAGUCAAUCCAAGCCAGCCAAUCACAACCACAGGGCAUCCAAGCCAGCCAAUGAUAACCACAGUCAAUCCAAACCAGCCAAUCACAACCACAGUCAAGCCAAACCAGCUGAUCACAACCACAGAUAAUCUAAAACAACCAAUCACAACCACAGUCAAUCCAAGCCAGCCAAUGACGGCCACGGAUAAUCCAAAACAGCCAAUCACAACACAGAUAAUACAAGCUAGCCAAUGACAACCACAGGCAAUCUAAACUAGCCAAUCACAACACGGGCAACCCAGGCCAGCCAAUCAGAAGGACUCUCUGGCAGGGCUGUUAGGAUGCUGACCUGAGCGCUUCCUGUUACCUAGCAACAGAGCCCAGAGCUGGUCCAUCCCUCCACCCUGCCUCACUGAGACCACAGGGCAUGAUGGGACACACCAGCUUCAGCCAGCAGUGUCUAGGCAGGGUCUGCAUGUGUGGUUGGAGCAGCUGAACAGCCCCAGGACCCCCUUCCUGGCUCUUUCCCAGACCCUGUGGGGUUUAGACACCCCAUACCUUGGGGCUCUGCUCUGCGCCCACGGGAUUUCCAAGCUUGGAGUAUACCCACUCCAGGACCCCCAGGUACCCUCUGGUCAAGGUGCUCAGCCUGAAGCGCCUUCUUCAAAACCCUCCCUGGCCAUCAGUGAACUUUCACGCCAGGGCCAAUUUAGCAAGACACCCGCUAAGUAAUUUUCUCCAGAAUCUGCGCCUUCUGUAGCUGCUCCAGUUCCUCGGCCGCUGUCUGCCGGUGACCCAGACCGCCUGGCACCCUAGCGGGCACAGAGGUGGGGCAUGGGCGCUUUCACAGGGCAGGAAGAACAGUGAUGAGAACAGCCAGGAUUGACCGGGCAGAGGAGGCUGAGUCUUGAGGGUCGUUCCUGAAGCCACGGGGCCAUUGUGGGUGUCCCCGAGGCAUGGGGGUGCAGAGUGCAUGCUGUAUGUAUGCUGUGGCAUGUACUAUGUUCACACAUCACACUGAGGCACACACCACACAGCCCAGUGUGCCACUAUGUAACAAUCUGCUCAGGUACUCGUGAAGGUGAGUGAGUUGUUACAUAGUGGCACACUGGGCUGUGUAAUGUGUGAGUGAGCAUGGCUGUACACUG